AUGGCGAGCCCAAAGCCUGCGCGACUGCAUACUCCAGUCGAUCGAAAUAUCCACAACGUUGUCCUGGGCGAUCUCCUGUUCAAGCCGUGGAAUCAAUCCAUCUACCCCGAAGACCUGGUCCCCAAGGAUGCCGAUCGACUUUACGUCUGUCGCUGGUGCUUUCGAUAUUCAUGCGAUGGCGACAUACUCGAGGAACAUAAAUAUGUCUGCAAGCAUCGUACCAUUCCGCCCGGCACCAAAGUCUACGACCAUGGAGGGUAUGCAGUGUGGGAAGUUGAUGGGCAAAAUCACCAACUGUUUGCGCAAAAUCUGUCUCUCUUCGCAAAAUUGUUUCUCGGCCACAAGACCGUCUUCUUCGAUGUCGCAACCUUCCUAUAUUACAUCCUCACGUUCACCGACCCCAACGACCCCGAAAGCUACUAUGUGCUUGGUUUCUUCUCAAAAGAGAAACUUUCCUGGGAUGCGAACAAUCUUGCCUGCAUACUGAUAUUCCCACCUUACCAGCACAAGCAACUGGGGAAGCUGUUGAUGGGUGUCAGCUACAAGCUUAGUGGAUGGGACUCCAAUGGUGGGUGCAUUGGCGGGCCGGAGAAGCCAUUAAGUGAGCUGGGUCAGAAGAGCUAUGUCCGAUUCUGGGCCGAACGGAUCGCCCGUUUCUUGCUGCGCGGCAAGCCUACCGACACGCCAGUUAAAUCCGACCAGCAGAAGCCCGGUUCCACACCCAAAAGUUCCCGCAAGAGACCUCUACGUGAGACCAUGACCGUCGAGGAACUCGGUUUAGGAACCGGCAUGUUGACCGAAGAUGUGAUCACGGCUCUCAAGAGCAUGGGGCUGUUCGAACUCCAGGCCACCCCGAAAAAGCGCAAAUCCAACCGAAGAUCUGUGGAUGAUAUGCCAAGUCCAGCAGGUCAGACGGUCACUAUUUGCAAGUCUGAUGUCUGGGAGUGGGCGAAGACACACCAUCUCUCUCUGGACGACCCAGUCAGCGAAGAAGGGUUCGAUGGACUCUGGCCUCCCGUUGUCGUGCCCGAAGAGGAUGAAAGAAGCAUCACUUCGGAAGAAGACUGA